GCUAAAAUGCUGAUGAAUGGUAAACUUUGUGUUUCCAGACCGUGGCUGGUUAGCUCUCUUAAUCUUAUUACAACAGACAUCUUAAUUUAUGGAUUAUGACUUUACAUCGUAAUUAUGCCUUCACGGCACCGCACACCGUCCAUUCUUUUGUGUUAAUGUAGUCAACCAUUAGACGUUGUUUAAGAAACUACAAUAUUUUACAAGUCAGUAAAUUAAUUGGCUAGCUAUAUCCUUGUCUGACUGCAACUUAAAAUAGCAUGGCUAUUUAAAACUAAAUGGUUCCCGUAUGGACCCGUAUGGUUCCUGGCGAUUUUUCUAAACAAAUGAUUAAAAACGUUCCUGUAUUCUGUAGAUUAAAUGGCAAAAACUAUGCGGAACCUGCUCUAUUAUCUGAAUUUUUGCUAAGUCAGUGAAAUGCUAACAAGCCAGUUUUACUUCCUUGAUACUGAUAAGGACCAGAUAAGGAUUCGCUAUGUGUGAUCAGACAUGGUUGCUGAGCCCUGCACACACUGAGUGCUGAGAGGAAGCAGUGGGCGUGGCUGACUUGUCAUGGCGAGCCAGUGCAGCAGUGUGGACUCCAGGGCCAUGUUAAGGGGUUUGGGUUCCAUUAACUCCACCCCCUUGUCUGCCCGUGUUGAAUCCUACGAAGGACUGGAGAAGAAAUGCAUCUCUGACGUCAGAAGGACUUUCUGUCUGUUUGUGACCUUUGACCUUCUGUUUAUCACUCUUCUGUGGAUCAUUGAGCUCAAUGUUAAUGGAGGAAUCCAAGACCAACUGAAAAAGGAGGUGUUAGAAUAUGACUACCACAAAUCCUUUUUUGACAUUUUUGUGUUGGCCAUGUUCCGUUUUGCAGUUUUGAUACUGGCAUAUGCAGUGUGCCGACUGCGUCACUGGUGGGCCAUCGCGAUAACCACAUUAAUCACCAGUGCAUUUUUGAUUGCAAAAGUUAUUAUAUCAAAGUUGCUCUCCCAGGGGGCUUUUGGCUAUCUGCUGCCCAUCAUCUCUUUUAUCCUGGCGUGGAUAGAGACAUGGCUACUGGACUUUAAAGUCCUGCCUCAGGAAGCUAUGGACGAGAACAGGUAUCUGACGGUACAGAAUAUCACAGAGAGAGCUGCACUGAUACACCCAGGGGUCCAGUCAGAUGGCCAGUUCUACUCACCGCCAGAGUCUUUGGCAGAUUCUGAUGAAGAUCCUGAUGAUAAACAUGACCUUGAGAAGCCUAUAGUCUAGCAGGUUCACGAGGACGACGACUGAAUGAUGGCGUCACAGCCUUGGUGUAUGAGACUCGCAUGGCUUUGGCGCUCUGGGUUUAAAUGGCUGGUGCGAUGGACAGCCCAGACCUGCCUUCUGUCCACCGUCAGCUGUGUUUCGGCAGUGCCACUCUCCGUCUCGACCCGGUGCAGUCUGCUAAGAAUUCAGCAAAUUCUCUAUCGUGUUCUGCUGUGCUAACUGAUACUGUGCCACACGUGCAUAUAGCCCAGAUGUUUACAAGUUUUUCAAUUUGUUGAAGAACUGAUAUCAUAGUUGAGAUUGAAGAACUGCUCGCUCAUGCUUUUCUGUUUGUGCUACACUUUUACGUCAUAUUCGCCUUGGCAAAGGAUGCAGACAUAGAUCUUCUCUACUGCUCCUCGUGACCGUUCUGCAGCAAAACGGCUUCCAUUGGUAAUAUAAAUUCAGCGACUUCCACUGUCCUAAUUUAUUUACCGAGGUUGUCAACACCUCAUGUUUUACAUGACGAGUCCCAAACGUGUGAAUUGGCUUUAGCUUCGUGAGACAGGCUGACCACUGCAGUAUAGAUGAAAUGCCUCCUAAAGGGGUUUAUUUCUGCUAUUCCUCUCCUGUUAGUUCAGUCUCCAUCAGUCUGUAUAUAUGAGUUUGAAUUUGCAUAUGUAUUGUCUAUGAAAAGUUUUUUAACCAGCAAAAUAAAGGGCACACUAAAUUUUGCAUGAUCUUAGUGAGCAUACUAUGAUUAGGAAGCAUGUACAAUAGCACAUCCCUAAAUAUGUGGAGUACAUUCAUUCCAAAGUGACUUUUCCCGUUAUUACAUUUUUUUUUUUUUCAAGCCAUACUAAAACUUUAUCUUACAGAUAAGGGCUUAUAACUGGUGUGUGUCUCAACAUUAUGGCAGUGCACUGUUUAGCCAAUGGCUCUUAUGUGCAUGGAAAUCUAUUAUGGUUCGUUUUCAUGAUAAAUGUAGUCAUUUGUUUCAAUUAAAGUUUGUUUGACAUUGUUGCAUUGAGACAAAAAAAAAAACUCAAGUGCAAAUGUGUUCUGAAUAUGAAUUUUCUGUAUAAGGUAAUAGUUUGUUAGAGAACAGAUUCCUGGAUAAACUUUCAUAGUGUAAAAUAGAUAAAAACUAACAUUUACAGAUAUUUUUAGUUUUGUUACGCAUUGCAGGGACUUGUUUGUUUGUUUGUUUGUUUGUUUGUUAUGGUUCACCCAUCUGAAGUCUGCUGCCUGCAACUGCAGUACCCACAGAUUAAACAUCAGAUCAGAGCGUUGCACACAUCCUGCAGCAGCUAAUAGCUGAUCAACCAAGCACACUGUGGGCAAGCUGCUGCUGCUGCGUGUGUGUUUCCACCACACGUAUUCACCUGCACUGCCUGCGAACUCUCCACCACAUUUUCCUGCCGCAGCAGGUUCCAUCCCAGUAACAUCUUUAAAGAACGAUGCUGGGUUUUGGUGAUCAUUCUAAUACCAAAUAAGGCAACGGUUAAGAAGGAGAGAAAGCAUAGACACCAGAGAGACACUGUUGUAAACAGUACAGGAUGCUACAACUUGACACACCUCUAUAAAGGCCCCAUAAAUUACUCUUGAAUAGCCUUCUGUCAUUGCUGCUUUUAGUGGGUUUCUUGCAUGUUAUUUUGGUGAUUUGGGGGUAACAUGCUUGUGAAUAUAUUUGUCGAUUGGGCCAUUUACUUUGGGUAGAUAAUAUCUAUGUCUAUUUAUGCACACACACACACACACACAAGCAGAAAUAUAUUUAUACAUUCUUUUAAAACUGGAGGGAUUUCUCAGAAAUAGGGACUGAUGGAUUUGCUUAUGUCCAGGAAAUGACUCUAAUGCACUAUGUAUGUCCCAAAAUUCAAUCCAUGAAAUCUGAGUAUCCCAAAAUCCCAAAAAAUCCCAAAAUUAAGAUCUACUGUUAACUAUUAAUAAAAUUAACAAAAUCAAGCUAAUACUGUACCAUCAUAUGAUCUUUUUGCUAGUCUUUUGGGGAAUUUCUCCAGAUUAUAAUGAUUUUUGUAGAUCAUUUUGUACUAUUUUUCAUACAAAUAAAUAUAAUCCUGCAUAGAUUUUAUUCAGUUGUGCUAAAGACAUUUAUGAACUCAUAAAUUCAAAGGCAGAGUGCAGGAAAUAUACUUUAUUAUGAUAAUCUCUAUAGAUUAUCCACAAAUACACACAUUGUUACCAUGUUAGUUGAAUUGUCACCUGAAACAUGGGUGAUUCUCAAAAGGGCUAAUGUUAGUAUUAGGUUUUGGGUUGAUUUUAAGAUUAGGACUAGGGUUAGAUUAAUGUUAGAUUUAAUAGAAUAUUUUUACUUUAGAUUUCAGUAUUUAAGAGAUGUUAGAAGUAUCUACACAAUACCAUCAAAGUGUUACUGAAUCAUUUAAAAAUAGGAGGACGGGUGAAAUUCACAGCCAGAAAUUUUUGUUGGCACACUAAAAUCAGACAUUUCUGCACGUUUGUCGAAACAGUGUGUAUACAUCCAAAUUAGAAAGCAUAUCAUUGGAAGUUUCUCAAGCAGUUAAAAGCUCUUUUGAAAAUAGUCCCCCCCCCCCAUUUCAGAAACAAGAAAACCAAUAUGCAAAGACAGGAAAAAAGAGAGAUAAGGCUUAGUGGAAAAUUUUGUUCAGUCUUGCUGUCAUGGUGAU